AUGCCAUUGAAUUUAUUCGGAAUAGGUGCUGGAGGUGUGAAGUCACAACAGCUCGACAACUCUUCCCGAGGUUCACGCUUUAUGUUUUUAAGAAAUGCCGGCACUUCUGAUGGAAAAGACUGGCGGGGAUCAGUCGUAAAAUUGCCUAAUCACACUGUGACUUUAGACAAAAGACUUGCUGAAGGUGGAUUUGCGAUUGUAUAUUUGGCAAGCGAUAAGCAGGGGCGUCAUUAUGCGCUUAAAAGGCAGUUUAUCAGUGAUGACAUUCGGCAGUUGGAAGCAUGUAGAAGAGAAUGUCGCAUUGUUAGUUGCUUGGCGGGACACAAAAAUAUUGUGUCUUAUAUAGAUCAUAUGAUACUGAAAAAUAAUUGCGGUGUAUACGAGUGUUCACUUCUUACUACUUAUUAUAAAAGUAGCGUGUUGCAGCUGAUGAAUGAACGGCAUUUAGCGGGACGAUGUCUCUCAGCAAAUGAAAUUUUGAAAAUUUUUUGUGAUGUAUGUGAAGCAGUUGCACGAUUGCAUCAUUCUCAAACUCCAGUGAUUCACCGUGAUUUAAAGGCUGAAAAUGUUCUGAUUGAUGAACAUCGUCCUGGUUCACCAGUGUAUGUUUUAUGCGACUUCGGAAGCGCUACAACAAAGGUUUUAUCGUCGGACACACAGUCACUGCAAUUUAUUGAAGAAGAGAUUCAUCGCUAUACGACACUAGCAUAUCGAGCUCCUGAAAUGGUAGAUAUUUACUCGGGAAAGCCCAUUGGUACAAAGGUUGAUAUAUGGGCUCUUGGUGUCAUGCUGUACAGGCUCUGUUAUUUCAGUCUUCCGUUUGGCGAGAGCUCGCUUGCAAUUCAAAAUUGUUCUUAUAAUUUUCCCACUGAGCCCAAGGUACUUUUUGACCCAGAUCUUGUUCGCCGUCCAGAUAUCUAUCAAGUUUCAACUCUUGCUUUUAAGGCUGCCGGACAGCGCUCUCCGAUUGGUAAUUUAAAUAAAGUUCCAGCAUUGUGUCUAAUUGAUGCCAUGAGAAAUUUGCGCCAACAGGAAGUCAAUACAACAGCAGUUGCGGGUACGUCAGCACGCAUAUCGACAUUUACUAAUUUUGAUAGCCGUGUUGCACAGAAGGAAACAGUUACUUCUAUCAAUCCAAGAUUGAGACCAAAGCCAUAUAGCAAUGCAGUUCGCUUGAAUUUGGCCGAUUCCAGUUCACGUUUAUUAGAUGCUCCAAUCAGUAAACAGCAAAGCAGUUCAUCUCAUCCAGAAAUCGAUGUUGCACAUGCAGGAUCUUCGCAGAAAUCAUGUGGUGUUGCAGAAGAAUGUGGUAAUGAAACUCUAAAAUCAAGUGCAUUCAGACCAUACAGCGCUUCGAGCGAGAGCAAUACUAAAGUUAUGUCUUCACGAUUUACAAGUGAACUCUUCGAGACAGUGUCUGUCACCGUUUCUUCUGUAAAUUUACCAAUGGAGAAUGAUGACAAGUCAUGGAAUCCAUUCUUAAUUGCGCCGUUCAGCUCACAUAGACGCAAUCCAGCUGCUUUACGGAAUACUACAAUGGAUGAUCGUAGUUUUGGACAUUGUUUUGAUAAAUUGCCGAGGCAUUUAAAACAGUUCGCAUCAAGUAAAACGGUGAAAAAUGAUGCAAAUUUAGAAAUUGAUGAAAAUGAUCCAUUUGCUGCAGCACCAAUUCAUCACUAUCAAAUAAGGGUUAUUGAACAAGUUUCCAGAAUGAAAGGUGCACGUACAACACAGGAAAAAAGUCAAUCAAAUGGUACUGCAGUUCAAGACGCUGUUAUUAAUCAUGAAAUUCUCUUAUCAUCUUCGACUAGUAGCGAUAAACUUUGA